GUCUAUCUUCCGGCUGCUGGAAUGGCCAUCCUACCGAAUUCUCUAAUAAGAUUAAUGGUCAGGCCAGCCCUGACCGUUCCGUUGUUCUUAACCAGUCUUCCUCUUUCCUCGCAAGUUUUAGAACUUUGUCAUCCUUUACUCUAUAUAGUCGACGAAUACUAGUACCGGCCAUUCAGAAGUAUUCGCGAACAAAAGCAGCGAACCCUGCAACAGCAGUAAUCUACUUUGCAUUUGGGCAAGGGUUUCUUGGAUUCUCUUUGCCGACUCAAGAAAAAAACCAUGGACACCGUCCCUGACGACAAGGGCAUCUCGACCCAAAAUGAGAUUGAAAGCAUGAGUCUCCCACCCACGACGCACAAGUUCCAAUUCUCCUCCAAAUACAAGAAGAAUGACGGCGACGUGGCCCUCCAACUCUUCUCCAAUGCCGACGAGCUCCACGAACCAAUCGACCCCGUGGAAGAGAAGAAGCUCAUCCGCAAAGUCGACUUCGUCAUCCUGCCUCUCAUCGCAGUCAACUAUGCAUUCUUCUACAUCGACAAGACCACGUUGUCCUACGCCGCCAUCUUCGGGAUCAAGGAUGAUCUCAACCUGCACGGGACACAAUACAGUUGGCUCAGCAGUAAGUGGCAAUCUCUAGUCUGGAACACUACUAGUAGUAUCGUCAAGACUCAAGGGCUGCAAGGUUGACUGGUUUGGUUGCAGGUCUAUUCUACUUCGGGUUCCUCGCUUGGGCGUUCCCGACCAAUUUUCUGAUGCAAAGACUUCCGCUGGGCAAAUAUCUCGGCUUCAACAUUUUCAUGUGGGGUUUCUUCCUGAUGCUGCAAGCAGCCUGCAACAGCUUUGCCACACUCGGUGUUCUCAGAGCGCUGGCCGGAGCAGCAGAGGCAUGCAGUGACCCAUCCUUCAUGCUGAUCACGCAAAUGUGGUACACUCGAAAGGAGCAGCCAUUGCGGAUCGGACUCUGGUACACUGCCAAUGGGGCCGGCAUCGCUCUCGGCGGUCUUCUGGGCUACGCCAUCGGCCAUAUCAAAGGCGCAUUGGCAUCGUGGCGCUACGAAUUCAUCAUCAUCGGCGUCUUGUGCUGCGUCUGGGGCAUAGUGAUUGCGAUUUUUAUGCCCGAUUCACCCGUGACAGCCAAGUUCCUGAAUCAACGUGAAAAGCGCAUUGCCGUCGAACGGCUGAAGGGCAACCAAACCGGUAUCGAAAACAAGCAUUUGAAGCCCUAUCAAGUCAUUGAAGCCUUCACGGACAUCAAGACCUAUCUCCUCUUCAUGCUCGCAUUGGUCGGCAACGUUCCCAAUGGCGGCAUCUCAAAUUUCGGCACGCUCAUCAUCAAAGGAUUCGGCUUCUCCACACUCGUCACCACCCUCAUGCAAAUCCCCUACGGCUGCUUCAUCAUCAUAUCCAUCCUGACCUGCGUCUUCCUGAACGACCGCUUCGCCAACAACAAACGAUGCCUUUUCAUCCUGAUCUUCCUGUGCCCGAACAUCGCCGGCGCGUUCGGGUUGAGGUUUGUCGACGAAAAGCACCACGUUGGCCGGUACUUCUGCUACUUACUCACGGGGCCCUAUAACGCGGCCUUCGUCAUGAUCUUGUCACUCCAAAUCGCCAACACGGCGGGUCAUACCAAAAAAGUCGUCACAAAUGCCGUUUUGUUCCUGGGUUACUGCACAGGAAAUAUCGCUGGACCCUUUUUCUACAAGACAAGCCAGGCGCCUACGUAUAUGUUGGGUAUUUGGAGUAUGAUUGUUAGUCAUCUUCUCGAAGUCGUCAUCAUCAUCACCUUCUACAUCUUGAUGAAAGCAGAGAAUAAGCGAAGGGACAAGAUCCAGAGCGCGCAAGAGGGUGGUCUGGAAGGAAGAGAUCUGGACGCCACUGCUUUCGGAGAUUUGACCGACAGGGAGAAUAUGAAUUUCAGGUACAUCUACUAAAAUGCCCCUCUAGUGAGGAAAGCAAGGACGAGUAUGGUCAUGCACAUCUCAAUGGUGGGCGACUGCAUGCUCUCAGAGUAUGGAUGUAUCAGGAAACGGACAGAGUAUCAAGCUGACGUAGAGCUUGCUCAACGAUCCCAAUGAAUAUGACCGGUUGCUGUAGGAGGCUGUCCCGCACUUGUUGAGCCGGAAGGCGCGACUGGCAACAAGUUCAGACUCUGUCAUACUUCGUGGUCACAGAUCAAAGACUUUCCCAUUGUACUUGUCGGCGAAUCCUGGCGAACACUUUCACGGUGCCCGUCGUGUUACUGUCCGUCGCCUGGUUUGCUCGCAAAAACAGGCGAGCCAGCAAUUUGCUUGACAGCGAACCAGAAUCACAACGAUCGAAUUUCGCAACCCUGACCUAGCACGUAGGUAGCUCUCUAUCAAGAAGCAGUUAUUAGCUAAAGCCGCUCCGUGGGAAGCGGCAAACCAGC